AUGGGGAACUGUCAAGCUGUAGAUGCUGCAGUACUUGUAAUACAACAUCCAGAGGGAAAACUAGAGAGAAUGUACUGGCCGGUAACGGCAAGUGAGGUGAUGAAAAUGAAUCCAGGGCAUUAUGUUUCUUUGAUAAUUCCAUUGUCAAUCUCCGGCAAAGAGAAUUCCGAUGACAAGACUGCACGUUUUACGCGUGUUAAGCUUCUACGGCCCACUGAUACUUUAGUUCUCGGACGGGCUUAUCGACUUGUCACCACACAAGAUGUAAUGAAAGUGCUGAAAGCAAAAAAGUAUGCAAAGAUGAAGGAAAACCAACCAAAAUCCGGUGAGCAGUUGCCGGUAGAUUCAGAUAAGCAACGUUCCAGUCGAGAGUCUAAAACACGAAAACCGGCAUCGGAGAAGAAUGAUCAGGCCACGAGACAUGACAGACAUCAGCAGAGGUCGUCUGGAUCAAUGAAUUUUACAGGAGGGCGGCCCAAGUCCUGGCGUCCAUCUCUACAAAGCAUUUCUGAGUCGUCAGACUUCAUACAUUUAAGUGGAUUUUCAAUCCUGGAACAGAGAUAA